GACAUUUUUCAAAUGAACUUGAAAGUUAUUAGAGAAAUUCAUAAGUUAGCAGAUCAAAUAAAUAUAGAUGAAUCAGAACAUUUUGAAAUAGCUCAAGAAUAUCUAAAGAGAGUCAUUGGUAAAACACCUUCAACUCCACUCAAAUAA